CUCCACACAAACCCACCCAAACAAACCUCCCAUCUACCCAACCCUCCAAAAAAUGACGCUCCCAAACGGCUCCCAAGAUCACCCAUUCGACAGCAUCGUCGUCGGAGCCGGAAUCGUAGGUUGUGCGGUAGCCACAACAUUCGCCCGACAAGGCCGGAAAGUGCUGCUCCUCGAACGCAGCCUUAGAGAACCUGACAGGAUGACUGGAGAUCUCCUUCAGCCGGGUGGGGUGGCGGCGUUGAGGAAGUUGGGGAUGGGGGCUUGUUUGGAGGGUAUUGAUGCUGUGAGUGUGAGGGGGUUUGAAAUCCUUUGGAGGGGGGAGAGUGUUAAGUUUUCUUAUCCGGUUGUUGGGGAAGAGAGGCCGAUGGGGAGGAGUUUUCGGUAUGGGAGAUUUGUUGGGAAGUUGAGGGAGGUGGCGAGGGGGGAAGGGGGUGUUGUGGUGAUUGAGGGUUCGGUUAAGAGUUUGGUGAAAUGUCCGAGUUCAGGGAGAGUUCUGGGGGUUAGAUGUCCAAUUUCUGAUAGUAAUGGAAAACAAGAGAGGACUGUACGUUCAUCUACAUCUCCCAGGUAAUCCCAUCCAUAAAUCUUGCCUAACACUUCCCAAGUUCUUCUCCCACCUAACCACCAUAACCAUCGGCCACUCCUCACCCCUCCGCUCCGAACUAACACCCCAAACCCCCCUCUCCACCUCCAAAUCCUGGGGCCUAGAACUCACCAACGCCCUUCUCCCCUCCCAAGACCACGCAUACGGAAUCCUCGGCACGGGUCCUCCAAUCCUCAUCUACCGCACCAGUCCCCAAAUAACCCGUCUCUUAAUCGACAUUCCCAAGACCCUACAUUCAUCCCUCCGCAACAACAAUACCAGUAUAAAAUCCUGCAUCCUUAACACCAUCAUCCCCACCCUCCCCCCUUGCACCCAGCCCUCCGCCAUCCUCGCCCUCAAAACAGGACGAUUACGAUCAAUCCCUAAUUCCUGGCUCCCUGCCUCACGGAAUCGAAUCAAGGGGUUGGUUGUAGUAUGGGAUGCGUUGAAUACACGACAUCCGUUGAGUGGUGGUGGGAUGACGGUUGGACUCCAUGAUGUGCUUUUACUUCGUCGGCUGCUGGGUCCUGAUUCGGUUCCUUCGUUCUCGGAUGGGGAGGUGAUAGUGGGGAAGAUGGGGGUUUUUGAUGGGGAAAGGAGGGGUGUGAGUUUAAGUCUUGAUGGGGUUGCUCAGGUGCUUUAUGGGGUUUUUGUUGGGGGUGGUAUGGUACCUUUUUCCUCCUCUCCUCCCGUCACUCCCUCGCUUAAUCUAACCCUUUUCCGUAUCCAACAGACCCACAAUCACGAAUCCUACAGCGCGGAUUUAUAAGGUAUCUCCAGCGGGGUGGUUCUUGUAUCGAGGAACCUGCUGGGUUACUAGGUGGGGUGAUACACAGUCCGUUUUUACUCUUUUAUCAUUUUUUCGCGGUGGCGAUGUAUAGUCUUUGGCUUUAUUUCAAGGAAGAGUGUGGGGGGUCUUGGUGGGGUCUUGGUGGGGUCUUGGAGUUGUGGGGGUUGGGUGUG